GGCUGAAAUUUUUUAGGGCAUAGUGUUAACCAAGUUUUGGCAAACAUUUGGUGUAAAACAAUCCCAUAUUUCUUGAAGCUUUUGUCUCAGUUCGGUGAUUGUACGAGCAGGAUGUUGUCGUGGAACCUUUUUCAUCUCAUGCCACAAAGUUUCAAUAGUGGUACAUUAUUUUCUUCCAUCCAUUUUAUAGCCUUUUUUGAGGUAUGGCACGCUGCACCAUCUUGCUGAAACACAAAAUCUUGGCCGGAUGUCAAAC